AGUUUGGAGAUAAUCGAGCCAAGAUGCAACCCAUCAGGCAUAUUAUUGCUAAUUAAAAAAGAGUACACGAUGGAGGCUUUAUCAAGUUCUGACAACAAAUCAUGUUGUAAACAUUAUUAAUUGAGCUACAGGUUUGAAGUUGUGUAGACGUAAAGUCGUUUCCCAUUAGGGCAACGAUUCGCAGACAUUUUGAUGAUACCCGUGGGCCACAAAAUCAAAAUAAAGAACAAAACACCAGAGACUGGCGAAGCCUUUGGUUGUGACUUGACUUUGAUAUUAUCUUCAUUCUUAUUCGCUAAGACUAUGCAUUAUUUAUAAAGUACGUUAUAAAGGAAUUCUAGCAUUAGGUACUUGGAUUUGUCAAUAGUUGGUGUUGUUUCGCCCGCCAGACAGCACUUCACUCGCUACAUUGAUCGCUUAAAAGACAUUGAUGCGCACACAAGGGCAAUCGAGUAUAACAUGAUGAGAAUGAAUCAUUACUCUGGCAUCUUGGGAACUUAACAACGAGUCGUGCCAGGGGCGGGGGAUCGUUUGGAGAACAAGGGUGAUGUGUAAUCUAAAAUUACAAAUCAAUAAACCUGGAGGUCUCGUGCCAUACAAUCUGGAAUCAAUUACAUUUAUAGGAGGUAGAAUUCAAAAAGGUUAGGUUGUGUACGAAAUGCCACAAUAAAGGGAGAACCUGGUUAGAUGUAUACGUCAGUACCAUACAAGGAACCAGUCCAAUGUGUGGACGGGAGGGUGCUAUGUGGGGGCGCUCGCCCCAAAGAUAUGUCUUCACUGGACCAUGACGAUGCUAUAGAGAUCCUCUCGGUCCAAUUGGACAAUUCAAUAUCUCGUGAUGUCUCCGAGAGUCCGUUUUUCACAGACAUUCUCAAACAACAACGAAAUGCACAAGUUCUUGAUAAAGACGAGCCACCCACUGCCAAACAGAAAAAGGUGGCGCGGAUAGUUGGAGUGAUUGCAUUUCUAAUGAUUGCCAUGAGUAUGAUACUCGUUGGAGUGACACUGGCGAUGUCUGACCACAUUGAUGAUAUGGAUGGAUCCACUCCUGAGCCUACGCCAACCCGUAUUUCAACCAAUCAGAACACCGCCUCAAACGGAACUUUGGGCCAAUACAUGCGGAAGGCCAACAGUGAAGCACCCCACUCCAGAACUUGGACUGUCAAACCAAAAAUACACAACGACACCGGUGGAUGA